UCUUAUUUGUUCCUAAGAAGGGAGGUCCAUUAAGGAUGUGCAUUGACUAUAGGGGCCUCAAUGCCAUCACCGUAAAGAACGCGAAGCCCCUACCCCGCAUUGACGACCUCUUGGGUAGAGUGCAGGGAUGUCGGUACUUCACAAAGAUAGAUCUGAAGUCCGGAUACCAUCAAAUUGCCGUUAGGCCUGAGGACCAACACAAAACCGCAUUUCAGACCAGGUACGGUCUGUACGAGUUUGUGGUGAUGCCUUUUGGCCUAUGCAAUGCGCCUGGUACGUUCCAGCACGCGAUGAAUAGGAUCUUUCAUGACUACUUGGACAAGUUUAUCGUCGUGUACCUCGACGAUAUUCUCAUCUUCAGUAGGACUGUAGAGGAGCACGCUGAGCACUUGAAAAUAGUGCUAGGUCUCCCAAGACAGCACCAGUACAAGGUAAACUUGGAUAAAUGCGAGUUUGGUCGCGCCAAGAUCUUGUACUUGGGUCAUGAAAUUUCAGCAGAUGGAUUGAGGCCGGAAGAUGCGAAAGUGGCCAGCAUACGUGACUGGCCCAGACCUCAAACUGUUACUGAGGUCAGAUCGUUUUUGGGGAUGACGGUCUACUAUCGUCCGUUUGUGAAAAACUAUAGUACUAUAGCUUCCCCAUUGACAGAUCUUACUCGACUUGACACCCCUUGGGAGUGGACUGAAGAGUGUGAGGCAAGCUUCAAGCAAUUGAAGUAUGCUCUAACACACUAUGAAGUUCUCAAACUUCCCGAUCCUGACAAGCCGUUUGUCGUGAUAACAGACGCCAACCAAUAUGGCAUUGGCGCUGUCCUUGCACAACAGGAGGGGCCAAAGUUGAGACCGAUCGAGUAUAUGAGUAAGAAGAUGCCUUCCAAGAAGCUAGCUGCGUCCACUUAUGAAAGAGAGCUCUACGCCCUAUAUAGAGCGCUAGUUCAUUGGCGACAUUACCUCCUAGGGAUAUUUUUCUAUGUGAGGUCUGACCAUGAGACUCUGCGCUGGAUUAAGACGCAACCCGUGUUGUCUGACGCACUCAAGGGAUGUAUUCAAGUGAUAGAUAUGUAUGACUAUCAACUUGAUCCUAUCAAAGGUCCAUAUAACAAAGUGGCAGAUGCGCUGUCAAGAAGGGCAGACUAUCUAGGCGCACUAGUAACUGAAUUCGGCAUAUCUAAUGAUCUUACUCGAUCGCUGGUGGAAGCCUAUCAGGGAGAUACAGUUAUGUCAGAGAUCAUUCGUAAAUUCCAAGCAAAGGACAAGAAGAUUUUGGACGAAUUUACCAUGGUAGAUGGCUUGCUGUUCCUUGAAAAGGCAGGGUUUAAAAGACUAUGUGUCCCGAAUAGUGACUCUUUGCGUAGUUUAUUUUUAGGAGAAUGUCAUGAUGCUGUAGGUCAUUUCGGUUAUAAGAAGACAUCAGCAAACUUAGUACAGAAGUUUUGGUGGCCUUCUAUGAUGAAGGAUGCAAAACUGUAUGUCGAGACUUGUCAGGUUUGUCAAAGAGACAAACCCAGGACUCGGGCUCCGCUUGGGCUGAUCAAGCCCUUGCCGAUCCCUGAAGGUCCAGGUCAGAGUGUCUCUAUGGAUUUUAUGGACACUCUUGUGACCAGCAAAACCGGCAAACGACACGUAUUCGUCAUAGUAGAUCGCUUUACUAAGUAUGCCAGACUUAUCGCUAUGCCGGAGACAGCAAAGACAGAUCACGUCAUCAAACUGUUUAUGGAUAACUGGGUAAGGGAUUUCGGUCUACCUACGUCUAUCGUAAUCGACAGGGAUGUAAGAUUUACCAGCGAGCUAUGGCAGUCUACAGCUAAACAAAUGGGAACCAAACUCCAGAUGACAUCAGGGAAUCAUCCUGAGUCAAAUGGACAGGCAGAACAAAUGAAUCGAGUGGUACAGCAUUUGCUGCGGCACUACAUCAAGCCAGGUCAGGAUGACUGGGACGAGAAGUUACCUCUCGUCACCAGCUUGUAUAAUAUCGCAGUGCACAGUGCUACCAGAAUGACUCCCAACCAACUGCAUCUUGGUUGGAAGCCUAGAACUGCCUUGGACUUCUUACUGCCGGAAAGAGAAUCCACUGCAGCACCUGGCAGCAUAGAGUUUGCUGUUAAGUAUGAAUAGAUGUUGCAGCAAGCCGUAGAGCACAUUAG